ACAGAGGAUACAAACUGGCGCCGCCCCUGCUUUCGGCCCAGAGUCUGAAGAAUCUCUCGACUCUCUCUCUCUCUCUGUGAGUGCACAUAUCCCAGUCAGCCAUGCACAGCGAAGAGGGUACGGCGACAAAAAAGAACAAACACAACAAAAAAAGCGUCAGGGGCACAAAUGAUAACAAUGCGACGCCCUCACCAGAAGAAGGCCCGAAUUUCAUCGUUUACAAAAAGAUGGAGAGAAUUGUGGAGAGAAUGCAAGACGAAUGCCGCGGGGUUCCAGUUCGAACUGUAAAGAGUUUCAUGUCUAAAGUUCCCAGUGUCUUUACAGGUUCCGACUUGAUCACGUGGAUGAUGAGAUAUCUGGAAAUAGACGAUCAGGUGGAGGCUCUGCACUUGGCUCAUCAGAUGUCGGCUCAUGGUUAUUUCUUUCCAAUCGACGAUCAUCUCCUCACAGUGAAAGCAGACGGCACCUUCUAUAGGUUUCAGACACCCUAUUUCUGGCCGUCGAAUUGCUGGGAACCGGAAAAUACAGAUUACGCUGUCUACUUGUGUAAAAGAACAAUGCAAAACAAGACGCGUUUAGAACUGGUUGACUAUGAAGCGGAAAAUCUAGCCAGAUUGCAGAAAAUGUUUUCGAGAAAAUGGGAGUUCAUUUUCAUGCAAGCUGAAGCACAAGCCAAAUGUGUUGCAUUCGAAUGUCAAAUGAAGAAUGUUUUCUUCUCUUUUCAGCCGGGUACAGUGAACACGACGGAAAUCGAUUUGAAGAAAGCUUUCAAAGCCAAUCUACCGUCCAAGCAUUCAAAGCAAUUCAUCCCGCAAACGGAAGCUGAAGCCACAAAUCAAAUAGACCAUCUCCGAAGACAGGUGAAAGCCUUACGAAAUAAAAUCGAUCGAGGAAAUGUCAAAACGUCCAAAGUUUGCGAAUCGUACGUCCAUUAUUUCGAACAAUACGUAGAAUAUGAUUCCUUCCUCACUUCACCCGAGUAUUCCAAUCCUUGGAUAUCUGACAGCACUGAAGCAUGGGAGAUGGAAAAACAAACGAAAGAAGUGAGCGUACGAAGAGUGAAGAAAUGGGCUUUCUCGUUACAAGAGCUUCUAAAAGAUCCAGCGGGAAGAGAACAAUUUUAUAAAUUCCUCGACAAAGAAUUUAGCGCUGAAAACCUCAAAUUCUAUGAUGCUGUUCAAGAAUUGAAACAAGUGAACGCUGCUGAUGUGGAAAGUAAAGUAAAGGAAAUUUGGAAUGAGUUCUUGGAAGAUGAUGCCAACACUCCAGUUAAUAUCGAUUCCCAGAGUUUUGCCAACACAAAAAAGAAUGUAGAAGAGCCGGAUAGAUGGGUUUUCGACGAAGCUGCCAGUCAUCUUUACCUUCUAAUGAAGAAUGACAGCUACGCAAGAUACCUUCGAUCAGAUCUUUACAAAGAAUAUUUGAAUGGAACAAAGAAAAAAAGUAAGCUCUUCAUUCCGAAACUGCCAAGCCUCAGCAUUGGUUCUUAACCUAAUCAUCAUCAUCGACAAAAGUGAAAUAUAUUUUGUUAUCGAAAAUCUUCCAUCAAAAUCUGUCUAUUUUCAUAGAGAUCAUCACUUAUCAAAGUCAAACCACAAAGUGUACAAGAACGAAUAAGCUGCUUUCAUCGGUUUCAUUUUGGGUGUCUUUAACUACUGCCAGAUCAAUUUUUGAUUCUCGUACUGAGAAGAGAAACCAAGUACGCAUCAAUCAGCCACAUGCUAGUCAAGAUAGUUGAAGGACUUAUUCCGAUUUAGUUAUUAGAAAAAUAAUUAUUAGUGUUUUAAGUAAAAAGAUUGUGCUUCGGUAAUUUAAUAAACCCACCCGAUGUAUAUUUUAGUAAUUCCCCCUGACCUAUGGAUUGUUUUCAACAA